UUAGCUUCCGUAAUAUAUUUUUCUAAUAAUUUCGUCUUCUCUCCAUCAAAAUGGAAUAAAAUCCAUAAUUUCAACCUCUCCUACAUUGAUUGGAGGCAAAAUGUGAAGCUCAGGAAUUACUUUAAUCAUUCAGGAUUCAUUUGAAACAAUAAACAUUGGAUAAAAUGGUGUUUUUCAACGGUAACCUCAAGAUAAAAGUCUGCGAAGCUGUGGAUCUCAGACCGACAGAUUUUGCAACCAGGCAUUCUGUGGGAGGGGGCAAAAAUCUGCAGCUUCUUGAUCCAUACAUUUCUCUAGACAUUGAUGAUGUACAUUUUGCUAGGACUACAACAAAAGGAAAAACAUUUAAACCCAUAUGGAAUGAAGAUUUUAACACCGUUGUUAGAAACGGGACAUCAUUUGGCAUCACAGUUUUUCACGAUGCGGCGAUACCACCAGAUGAUUUUGUAGCAAACUGUUCACUGCCUUUUGAAGAUCUAAAAAAUAAUGCCGAUAUAUGGGUGGAUUUAGAACCAAGUGGGAAGGUUCAUAUCGUGUUAGACUUUGAAGGUUCGACAUCGGAAGGAAAGCAUGCUGUGGCAGCUGCGGCCGAAGUAGCGGGUGCAUCGAGCAAAGCAGGACCAGUGGCGAUACCAAAGCCCCCAAAGGAGCGAGUAUUCAAGGAAAAGGAGGGUUUACUCAAUCACAGACGAGGAGCCAUCCGGAGACGCGUUCACCAAGUCAAUGGACACAAGUUUAUGGCCACAUUUUUUCCACAGCCAACUUUCUGCUCACUCUGCAAAGAUUUUAUAUGGGGUUUAUGGAAGCAGGGUUACCAGUGCCAAGUUUGUACGUGUGUAGUUCAUAAACGAUGUCAUCACCAGGUCGUGACGAAGUGUCCCGGCAUGAAGGACGUGACGACGGAUGAAUCGUGUGGCACACGGUUCAACAUCAACGUACCGCACCGUUUUACUGUCCAUAGCUUCAAGAGACCAACAUUCUGUGACCACUGUGGCUCGCUACUCUACGGCCUCUUAAAGCAGGGACUUCAGUGUGAUGCUUGCAGACUGAAUGUACACAAACGCUGUCAGAAGAAUGUAGCCAACAAUUGUGGAAUAAAUACUCGUGACCUGGCGGCGAUCAUGUCAGAGCUCGGAAUCUCAGGCGACAAACUCAGUCGAAGGAAAAAGGUAGCGGGAAUAACAGAGGCUUCAAUUACUAGUGAGUCUGGACCGAAUAUGAAAGGCCAGCCCAUACACGAAAGAUCACGUUCUACACCAAUUCCAAUGAUACCAGAUGAGGACGAGGGCAUGGAGGGUGCCAUGAAGGCUCUUUCUCUUGGGGAUGAGUACGGGAGAAGUCCAUCACAGGAAAGAGCCAGGAAAAGGUCUGGAAUAGGAUUAUCUGAUUUCAACUUCAUCAAAGUCUUAGGAAAAGGCAGUUUUGGAAAGGUGAUGCUAGCAGAAAAGAAGGGCGGUGAGGAGGUGUUUGCCAUCAAAGUGUUGAAAAAGGAUGUUAUAAUCCAAGAUGACGACGUCGAGUGUACCAUGACAGAGAAACGAAUACUGGCAUUGUCUGCAAAACAUCCAUUCUUGACAGCGUUGCAUUCUUGUUUCCAAACUAGGGACCGAUUAUUCUUUGUUAUGGAAUACGUAAAUGGUGGUGAUUUAAUGUUCCAAAUACAGCGUGCUAGGAAAUUUGACGAACCACGCGCCAGGUUUUAUGCUGCUGAGGUGACACUGGCGCUCAUGUUUUUACAUGACAAUGGAAUUAUAUAUAGGGAUUUAAAGCUUGAUAACAUCCUAUUAGACUUUGAAGGUCACUGUAAGAUCGCUGACUUUGGAAUGUGCAAGGAAGGCAUGUUCCCUUCAAAACUCACUCAGACGUUCUGCGGGACUCCCGAUUACAUCGCACCUGAGAUUCUCCAAGAAUUAGAGUAUGACGCUUCAGUAGAUUGGUGGGCACUGGGGGUGCUCAUGUACGAAAUGAUGGCUGGCCAGCCACCGUUUGAAGCAGACAAUGAAGAUGACCUGUUUGAAUCUAUAUUACACGAUGACGUGUUAUACCCUGUCUGGUUAACUAAGGAGGCCGUAGCAAUCCUGAAAGGGUUCAUGACCAAAAACCCAGCCAAGCGCCUCGGGUGCGUGAAAGCACAAGGAGAAGAAAAAGCCAUACUCAUUCAUCCAUUUUUCCAAGAGAAGAUCGAUUGGGAAUUGCUAGAACAGAGAAAAGUCAAACCACCAUUUAGACCAAAAAUUAAAAAUCGAACAGACGCCAAUAACUUCGACAAGGAUUUCACCUCUGAAGAACCAGUGCUGACUCCGGUCGACCCAGCGAUAGUCAAAGCCAUCAACCAGGAAGAGUUCCGCGGUUUCUCAUUCAUAAAUCCAGAAUACGGCAAGCUCGAUUUGUCAUGAUGUUCGCCGUUGGACUAAGCUAAUAAUCUUGCUUUGCUUGUCUGUCAUUAGACCUGAUGAGAGAGUAAGAUGGUCGGUCUGUGACUGUCUGCUCCCGGGCACUUAGCACUUCUUGUUGCAUUGGAUCAAAGUAUUGGACCAGAAUCAGAGGUGUGCUUCUGCCUGUUAUGAAGAUGAAGCCUGACCUUGAGAGUGACCUUAUCAAAGAUGAUGGACACUAUUCUUCAUCGGUCAGACUUGGACAUGAACCUGCCUUGUUCAGACUCAAGGGGACCUGUCAGGGUCAACUUUAGGGUGACUUUGACAGGGCCAAAUUUGACGUGACCUUUCCAAGGUCAAACUUUAGCAAGACCUGCCAUGAUCCAACGUGAUGUGACCUUUCCAAGUUCACACUUCUGUGACCUCUCCAAGGUCACACUUCUGCAUGGCCUUGCCAAGGGCAGACUGGUGUCUGACUUUGCCAAGGUGUGCAUGGUAAAAUGUCCUUGACUCUGCCAAGGUCAACCAUGGGUGUGAUACUGACUCGGCCAAGCUUGAAAGUGGGGCCUAAUAAUGCAUUUCAGUGUAAGAUAAGUAGAGCCGUUGCAAAACUUUGUUGUUGUUUUGGAGAUCAUGACUACCAUUAUACCAUGUUACAGUUGUAUUUCAGUGUGAUCUCAUACUCUUAGCUAUAUCUAUUAUUAACCGAGCCCUCAGCACUUGGUCGUCAGUUGUGUUAUAUUCAACAUUUGAUAUUUUACAUACUACUGCAGUACUUGUGUUGUUGUGAAAAAACCGAGCAUGAAGAGUUGAAAAUGAUUCUUGUUCUAUGGAGUUUGGAGUACGAAUUUGAAAACAUUUGUAAUGUAAAAACCACUCUUACGUGUCCUACAUAGCAUUUAGUUAAUCAUAGAGAAACCGACCUUGGACCCCACUAUGUUCUUUCGCAGGUUUUUAGCUUUCAUUCCAGCAAAAUAAGGGAAUAAAUAGCUCUUGGGGCUAUAUAAUGCAGAUCCUCACCAACUCAGUGAGUGACCAAUAUUCAUGAUUUGAAGUCGAAUUCAUUGUUUUCACAAAUCUUUUGACUCCACUGUCUAUCUGAUGAUGAUGCAUUAUACCGUUCAGCUGUCAAGGUCUUUGACACACUCGUUCAGAGGAAAGGUCAAAAAUUCUUAUGUCCAUUGUAAGUUCAAAUCCGUAAUGUUAUUUUUUUCAUGGCAUAAUGGGGUCUAUGGCAUCCAUCCUGUCUUAACCUUAGUUCGGUCUGUAUGUAUACUGAUUAUCUCAAGCAAACGUUGCUUGAACAAAAUGUAAAUGAACCAGAAGAAUUCAUGACGAUUUCGUAUGAAAUUGUCUGAAAUAUUUGUACUCUUGUUCAAGAGGAAGGGCAGCUUAACUUUGAUUUGGUUCAAACCUGACAAAUUUGACUUGGCUAAAAUAAGUUUAAAAUAGGAUGUUUCCCUCAGCUGGCAUACAGUUCGUUCUAAAAUGUGAUGAAGUCCGAGCUACACUCGCAGCCUUGUUAAUUGAUGAAAGAGAAUAAAAUCAGGCCAGCGAGUCUCUUGUACAUCAGUCUUCAUCUGCAGUAUUUGUCAUGUAUCAGACAUGUCUCUGUGCAGUUUCUGUCCUCUACUUGCCAACUUACUUUGCAUAUCAAAGUUAAUAAUAGCCCAGUAUGUUGAUUUGAAUACUGACUCUUGAAAACUUUGCUCGGUGAAGUGUCUGACAAGAGUAUUGAUUACGAUAACCCGAGAUGAAAUUGUCUUGUUUUUUACCGGAUCUUGUUAAGCUGUCCAAAUCGUUGUUUUAAAAAAAAAGAUUUGUUGUAAUUUAGUCAAAACCUGUAACUUACUUACAAGUCCCAAUACCCAGCCAAACAUACUCCUCGGCAGAUGUGCAAAACAAUUCACCCUUCUAAAGAUUUAUUUGUUCCUGAAUACUCGAUCAGUUAACCUAAUAAAGUUAUCAUAUUGUUUUCGAAUCUGUAGGCACAAUCCAGGGAUGAUUUGGAACUUUUUGUUCCAUAUUUUGAUUUGUUAACCUCAUAAUUUGUUGUGAACUUAAUUUCUUUAUCCUGUGAAUCCUCCAUGUGAUGUGUCAUCCUAAAAACCCUUUGAGUUAAGUUUGCUAGCAGAAGGUUGAGUACUUAAAAACCAGCCGUGUUUACCCGUCAGGGACGAACAUAAAACUUGCUGACAGUUGUUGAAUCACAUGUUGGGAAGGGUUCAUGAAUCUGUUUGUGACUGGUAGGAUCCUGAGGAACAAGGUGAGUCUCCCUGGCAAUGAAUUGAAAUGAUAAAAAAACAAUGAUAAUGAUGGUGGUUUUUGUAUUGGGCUUUUUCAUUGACCAGGGUCUGUCACUAUCAUAGGUCUCCACAGGGUCUCUGGGGUAUCAAGUGUCGGUCAUCAUUUCAGUGCUUGCUUGACGUUGAUCUGUGAAGGACUUGGCCGGGGCUCAAACACAUGACCCUUGGAUUGAAACUGCCGAAAUUCCUUAUUAUCAUGAGAUUGUUCCAUCAUUUUGAAUGUCACGGCAAGCGUGUGUUAUCUAGUCAGCUAUUCAUUGUACAUUGCCUGCUUUGUAUUUAUUACGAGAAGUCAUCGAUCAUUGGUAAACAUUCUUCAUUUUCUUACAACUGGUGACCGCAGAAUAUUUCCAACGAGACGUUGUAUGGAACUUGACCUAUGCCCAUUGAUGAUUACUUCACUUGGAGUUUUAUUCCAAACGAGAACACCAUAUCUGAAAUUAUUUAACCCCUACCUUAUGGCGUUGUACUUUAGCAAUGUGAAUGUGGUAACUGAUGCGCCAUCUUAAUUUCAUGGCCAAAAUAUAAAAUAUAUCUCAAUUCUUGUGCAAUGCCGAGUAAAUUCCUGGCUUGAAUCGUAUUUUUGUCCAAAUGGCAAAAGAAUCUUUCUCGUUUUGGAACCAAAUUUCCACAAGGACUUUUGGGGUAAAUCGUGAAAUUAUGUUCAAAAUUACCCCCAUUUAAAGGUUUAUUAGAAUGCCUUGCAGUGACAACCAAUGAUACUUGUAUGCACUGGUUAUAAUCAUGUUCACUUAAUACCGUACCAAGAAUAUGGUACAUGUAUCAUGCUCUGUAAAGAUUUAAAAUCCAUUUUUUUCCAUUUGAUGAAAGCAUGUUCCCCUGAGGCCUUCUAUUUUGUAUUGCAUUUAGUGUCUCCCCUGUUUGGUGAAAUGUCCAGGAUUAGUCUUAGAUGUGCUGAUAUAGUCAUCCUCUAGAUCGAUUGAGGGCCUAUCAGGUUUGAGUAUUCAGUAUAUUUGGUUUCGUAUCAGAAUGGGUCACCAAUGAAAAAGACCCAAGUUACCUGCUAUCGUCACUUGUUGUUGUUUACGAAGUCACAAAUCAAUGAAAAGCCGUUAUAAAUUUAAAAAAUUGCCAUUCUUGGAAUUGGGUUCUGCAAGGUGAUGAGAGAUUUUGAGAUUUGGUUGUCUGUUAUGGGAUUAUUGUUGGCCAACUGCAUUUACUUCUGACAAAGUCUGUUUUUGACCAAAAUGGUGCUUCACUCAGAUUCCUUUAUAUUGAAAAUGUAUUUUACAAAGACUUUGCUUUCAAUAUACGACCGGUGUCUUACACUGCCAGCCACUCACGCACCCACAGCAGGUUUCUUUGUGACCCCUUCAAUUUAUAUUUCACUUUGGAUUUUGAAUGCUGUAAAAUGAAGCAAAUCUCAAAAAUUUUCAUCACCAAAUUUGAUGUUUUAAGAAACAUUUUAGUUGAAUAAUCAAGUCAACUGUAAUAAUGUUUGGUUUCUAAUAAAGGCCUUGAAAGUUUUAUUUAAUUUCACCUAUUGUCAAGUGCACAAAUGUAUAUUUUAUUCUGAGCAAUUAAAUACAAAAUCAUAGGCUUAAUAAAGCUAUUUUGCCAAAGAUAUAGAAAUAGCAACAUCUAGAAUUUAAAAUUCCAAAUUUUUUUUUCGUAGAUCUGGUGCUGUCAGUUGUUAUUAUCAAAUUCCAACCAUGUCUAUCUAUCUUGAUCCAUCCUUGGUUUAGAAAUAUACGAAUGUAGCAAGAAAAUUGUAUGAAAUGACUUGUAGAAUCAAGCCAAAAACCAUGUUCUACAUAAAAAGUUAAUAUUUUCAACCCUUCAAUUAACCUUUAUGUGCAUUUAUGUUAGUGUGGUGCUCUUCAAGUCCUCGUUUUCCUUGUUUUUGUUUGUUUGUUGAUCUUACCCCAUUAACCCAAUGAUUACUUAUGAUUGAGCCUGAACUUAGAUUCCAUGGAUAUUAAAGAAUCGAGAACUGUUCAAAUGGGCCUACUAUGUAUUACAUGACUUAAGCAUGCUGUGAACUGUGAAAUUUUCAUGAGUUUUUUGCCCGAUUUUUAUGAAUGAAUUGUCAAAUAUAAAUUUUUUUUGAAGUCAAAAAACAUUACUGUUGCAAUGUAUGCAUUAACCACUCCAUUUUUGCAUGCAUUUGUGAUUCGCCAACUUCUAUCUUCAUGAAGAUUUCAUGGUUUACAGUAUCGGAAGAGGAUCACAACUAUUUUAAGAUCGACCGGUGUAUUUAUUGGAUAAACCAAUGUCUGGUUUGGAAUUGCCUUGACAAGCAAUAACUGGGAUUGCUUUAGCGGAAUUUGUGCAAUUAAAAGUCUUCUUGUCUACAAGUUUGUGCCAUACAUGUGUAUUAUAGACAGUAUGAGGUUUUCAUAACAUAUUAUUUUCUAGUAAAGAAAAGUGUAUAAUUUAUUUUCAACUAUAUCGAGUGUCUUUCCCCACAGCUCUGAUUAAUGCAUGUCUUGUUUUCUGCCUGUGCAUUUUACACUUUUGACUGGUGACUGUUUCCUCACAACUCAAUGGCUGACAUGAAUAAAGUCGAGCAAAUGCUUUUACUUCAAUUUUGUACAGAAAGGCCUAGUGUAAAUGUACAUGGAGUGUUAGAUAAAAGCAUUUGCUAGUCUUUAUUCAUAUCACCCAUUGGCUAAAGUCAAGCAAAUGCUUUUACUUCAAUUUUGUACAGAAAGGCCUGGUGUAAAUGUACAUGGAGUGUUAGAUAAAAGCAUUUGCUAGUCUUUAUUCAUAUUGCCCAAUAUGUUAUCCUGGUUUAGACACAGAUGUAACUUCUAAUUGAAAAAUAACAGCAUUCAGGUUUGGAAACCCAUGGAUGGCCAAGUUGAUGUGGAAGUCCCAUUGUCUUGUUGGUCUUUCCUUACAAGUUAUGUUUCAAUAAAGGAACUUUCAGAGCUACUCAUGGAUACAUAUGAAGCCUGCUCUUAAAAUAUCAUCAUCAUCAGUAUGGACACUAGCUCUGUGUGGUUCCUUUUUGACAACAGAUCAAGUGAAGGGCGAUCUUGAGCUCUAUCUACUCAUGUUUUUGUGUUUGUCCUCAGGAGGAAACAAUAUGUCACUUCUCUAUAAGUUUCUACGCACAUUGUAUUCAUCAUCAAAUAGAUAUGAUGAAAAGAAUAUGAAAUGGCACUACAACUUGCCCUACUGAAUUUUGUUCCCUUAGCAGUUGCAUCCUUGUUCUAUAUGCUUUGGUGAACUUUAUAAUGCUCUAGGUACUCAUCUUGUUAAAGUUAUAUGCUGUGUCAACAUACCUAGAGGGAAGAUAGGUCUGAUGUUCAGGCGCCCCUCAUUGGGCUGUAAUGCAUUGACUCAAUACUGUCUGAAAACUCAUGUGCCAUUUGACUCAAAAUAACAACGAAAAUUUACUCAGUUCUUUUCUCCAUAUCUGUUCAAUGCACCAUGAUUCAACAUUUCUGAGAUUGUGGCGAGUCAGCAUUUUGAGGCAGUGACAAGUGUCUUGUGUUCUAUGUAUUCACGUGAUCUGAUUUAUCAAGGUGAUUUAGAAAUAUUAUUCACAUGAAGAAAUAUAGUAUCAUCUUUUCCCAAAUAGAUAUUUUUGACUAUUUUUCAAUGAAAAGUGAGAGUUUGAUGUACGGUUUUAAUCAUGACCAAUUGCAGGCAUGUAUUUGUUGUUCAAAACACUUGUUUGUCCAGUUUAUGUUCUUGUUUGCCUUUCAACUGCACGGGAUAGUGAGUUCCUAUAGGAUGCACAAGCAGUGGUAGAACUGCACAUAUUUUCAGAUAACCUUCAAGUACACCCAGUGCUUUCCUGGCUGUCCGCUCCUCAGGGACUCGGACAGUACUGUUUUGGUAAUGGGGAAAAAAACACCACAAGUUGCGAUUGUAAGUUUGAACAGCGGUAGGUUACUCUCUGCCUAUAGAUCUGGUGUGCACCUAUUCUGUUCUGGUAUGCUGCAGUUAUUGAAGUUUGUUGAAUAGGUUGCUUUAGUCCAUAUUUCCUGCCAAAUGUGAGUUUUGCCCAUGACACCUGGCUGAAAAUCAUUUUAGAUACCCUUGUUGAAAUGCAGCGUGAUUAUAUGCCAUGUUACCAUAUCAGCCCAUAUAUUACAUGUUCGUAAACUUCACCAUACCUCAGUGGAAAUUCCUGGUUGUGAUUUGGCAUCUCGCUAAAAUGAUGAGUGACCGAACAAACACCUAGUACUUAAAACUUUGUAAAGAGGGCGUUGCUCCUUCAAGGUUCCGGUAGUGCUUGUAGUUGGCCAUGCCUUAAUAUCAAGUUAUUUUUCACGGUAUUGUGCGUCCAUAAAAGACCAACGGCUCCUCCGUUUCUAUUAGGUUACCUUAGUAUUGAUGUCAUGUACUCUCUCAUGUGCCCAAGUCUCGAGUGAGAUGCGAGACAUGAGGUUUGUUGUUGUGAAGGCCGUUUCUCUGUGAUUGUUUCCUUGAGCCACCAAGAGGUGGUGCCAGUGUAGAUAAAACCUUUCACUAGACUUACAAGUCUUGGUAAUGUGCUCCAUCAUAUUUUUGUCCAGAUAUGGUCUCCCUAAUAUAGAUGUAGUAUUUUUUUACCUCACUGUGCAUGCACUCUUCAGACACGGCGUCUGUCGCUCUCGUUACAUUUGUCAGGUGCAACACCACCUGGUAAUUUAAAGUUGAAUUUGAAAUUGAAUUGUAAUUUUAAAACAAUACUCAUUUGUGUGUUGGUCUAGUCAGAGAUAAUACUAGUAUUCUGUUGUGCAUAGGAUUAUUUACACAGCUGUGAAGUUGGUGUCGAGUUGAUAUUAAAGCGAUCAGUUGAGCAUCAAUUUGUUUACUGUCUGGUCCUUUUCUUGCCCAACCACCUGUUCAUGCCUUUCUUGCGCGCUUCGAUACCUCUCCGGCAAUGGUGGUAUCUUCAGGUUAUGAUUCCUUGUCGGUCUUACCAAGGCAACGCUUCAUUGGUUCCAGUACAUAUAAAGAAAAAACACAAAGAGUUCCAUAGUUUUGACAUAUUGCCUCUUCCCCAUUUGUGACUCGCUCUACCAAAACUAGGCGCUUGUCGCAUCUGAACUUGACAGGUUGAUACGGACUUGUUGUUCAUUUCCCUAUUGUUGACCUUUUGUGAAAUCUAUUACAAACUGAUUUGGUCACAUUCAACAAAAGGUCUACAAUAGGGAAAUGAACAACAAGUCCGUAUCAACCUGUCAAGUUCAGAUGCGACAAGCGCCUAGUUUUGGUAGAGCGGGUCACAUUUGUGCUCUAUCUAUGACACCCAAAGAAUUGGACCAGACCUUUAGCAGAUUGUGGGCAAUUUAAAGGGGAACAACUCUCACUGGAUGUAGGCUACGUUUUGUUGGUCAGCGUAUAUUCAUAUAUUUACAUAUAUAAUCUAAGCAUGUGUUGAACGUCACGUUUUUACUGGGAUUAAUCCACAGAAGUUGGUCGAUUUGGAAUGGCGUCAUUUUUUCACCGUCACACCUUCAGCUCAUUAUAAAUAGCUUCACUUUGUUAAGAAAAUAUCAUAUCCAGUUUUGAUAGAUAUGACAAGCGAGGACUCUCCUUCUGAUCUUACACGUCUUAAAGGUGCACUGUUCUCGUGAAAUUGGUCAUCUAGUUUACCCCUGGCCAGCUGCUACAUACUUAGCAAACGUGUUCUUUAUUACAGCUGAUGAAUUCUGUUGGUGUACAGAGUUGUCUCUCUGGGGAGAUUGAAAAAGCACUAAAAUAUGUAACUAUUGUUGUUAAACGAGUGAAUUGUACGCGACCAGUGUCCCUUUAAGAUUCAUUCACAUCUUUACGUGUUUCUGUCAGCCCACGGUACAAGUCUUAUUAUGGGAUGGCACAGGUUUUCCCGCACGGGUAGUGCUCGAAGAUGUGUUCACGUUAUUAGAACUUUUCCUAAAACUUGGAAACUAGUGCACUGGAUAGCAUCAUCAUCAUCAUCUUGUCUCCUACCUCCGAAACAUGCGAUAGAUAGAUUCAAUAGGUCAUCAUCCGAAAUUGAACUCCGCCAGAAUUUGGCUAUGAAUGUUCAUGUGAAGAGAUCAAGAGUGGUAAAAAGAUUCCCCAGACAAUGACUUAUUCGCCCUACUCCAAAUCACCUGUUUGUAUUCUAAUCAAGUUUCAAAUUGGUGCUACAUGAAGCCUGGUGUUGAAUGUUUUUGAGUCAACAGACCUUGUCACGAGUGGGUGAUCUUGACCCAGAAUCUGUUCUCUGAACAUGACUUGCACUUUAUGUUUAAAGGGGAGGAGACAAAGAUGAUUGACAUGUGCAUGUCGCCUAAUUUGGUCUCAUUAGAUUGAUAAUCUCAGCUUUAAAAUGAGCAUGUUGUGGGGGUUAAAUGAUUUUGAAACUUUCCGAGUCAUUUUCGUGUUCCUCUUGUGGUGACAGAAUACAUCCGGGGUCUGUGAUGAAUGACUGAGCCAGGUCGUUGGCAGAACUGAAUUGAUGGGAGGAUGCUGUAGGUUUGAUUGAGGGUGGGGGGUGCGAGUCCUUAAUUUUGACCAAUGAAUGAAUUUUUAUCUUCGUCAUGUUUAGCAAUCAUUGUUUCUUUGAUUUUGGCUGGUUGUCUGGGGUUGGACAGAACUGCCACAGCACCUGGUUACCUUGCAGGUAGAAACAGGUUAUUACUGUGUGACGAAAUAGGGGAAGUAUCAUUCUAUUGUUACACCCUGUAUAUUGUUAACCUGCAUCUGCCAAAAAAGUACUAUUAUGUUGUUAUUCCUUGGCGGACACAUUUAAUCGUCACAACCCGUGUGUGCCCCCUAUCAGCGCUGUCCCUUGAUUAAGAGUAUCUACACGACCCGGUUCAGGCAUUGUUCAAACUUGACUUUGGUCUUUGUGUUAAGUGUACAGGCAACUACAAUCAACUUAGACUAGAGUGUGAAGGACAAUAAAAUGUACUAUUUGCUUCAUUAUAAAA